AUGCGAACACAGAUUGAACAAUUAACUCGACAUAUUGAAGAUGCAGAACAACGAGAACAAUUACAACAGAUAUUAUGGAAACACGGAAAAUUAUUUGAUCUACGUCAACCGCCCAUCAUUAAAGCCACCAUCCAUCAUGCCAUAGAAACUGGUACUCAUUCACCAAUUUAUACUUCACCAUAUCGUGUUUCAUACAAAGAUGAACAGAAACAACGAGAAGAAAUCGAAAAAUUACUCGAACAAGGCGUGAUUGAAGAAUCUACAUCACCAUGGUCAUCACCAAUAGAAAUUAAACAGCAUUACUACAAAGAUCCAUUUCCAAUGCCUCGAAUUGAUGAUAUAUUUGAUCAUUUAUUACAAGCAGAAUAUUAUACAACCGUCGAUUUCAAAUCAGGUUAUUUUCAAGUUGGACUUGAUCCCAAAGAUCGUCCAAAAACGGCUUUUCCCACUCGGGAUCAACAUUAUCAAUUUACAGUAUUACCUCAAAGUGUUACAAAUGGCCCACCUGCAUUUCAACGUAUCGUUAGUCAAAUACUUGGGCUUACAAGAUGGAAAUAUUCAUUAGCGUAUCUCGAUGAUGUUAUAAUAUACUCGACAACGUUUAAAGAACAUCUUCUUCAUCUCAAUGAUAUUCUUAAUCGAUUAAAUGACGCAAAUUUUCGGCUUAAUGUUACUAAAUGUCAAAUAGCAAGAACAUCAAUAGAUUAUCUAGGACAUCAUAUUCAACAUCGUAUUAUUCGACCUAAUGCUGACAAUAUUCGCGCGUUAUUAGAAACUCAACAGCCGAUAUCAACGGAAGAAGCAUUUCGAUUCGUCAAAGCUGCUGAAUAUUAUCGUAAAUUUAUACCUGAAUUUUCCACGAUUGCACAACCUUUACAUCAAUAUGCACCAACCACCAAAGAACAACGAACAAAAAAAUCACAAGCAACACCUAUUACUUUAUCCAAUGAUGCACUUGACGCGUUUAAUAAAUUAAAGAGAAUAUUAACCAAUGAUUUAGUAUUACGCAUUCCAGAUCAAAAUUUGCCAUUCAAGAUACAAACAAAUGCAUCGAAAAUUGGUGUUGGAGCAGUACUGAUGCAAACUCAUCCUAAUGACGGACAGUCAUUUAGUAUUGAAACAGAUCACAAACCAUUAUUACCAUUUAAUUCAAAGCAACAGCUAAAUUCGAAAUGUGAACGAUGGCGUUUAAAAUUACAACAAUAUCGAUUUACUAUUAAAUACAUUAAAGGCAAACAUAAUACAGUAGCUGAUUAUUUAUCACGUUCACCAGUAGAUAAUGGAUCAAAUGAUGAAGAUGACUAUACACCAACGAAAUCUGCAUCAACACAAACUGACGAGUAUAUGAAGACAAAAAUCGUUGCACCUGUCAUCACCCGUAAUCACGCAAAACAACAAGUUGCUGAGAGGUCGGAUCUCCAUUCGGUAGAUCGAACCUGCGAGGUGGACACACGAAAGAGGAAUGUAGACAUGGAAGUCGUACAAUCCUGGAGUACACAAUAUAAUCAGUGUCAUACACCAGCGAUUCCAAAUGAAAUGCAACAAAUAAUACCUUUUACAUGGGAACAAUUAAAAGAAGCACAACACCAAGAUGAAGAAAUUAAGAACGUAAUUAAUGACAUCCGCAACCAUAAGAAAUAUUUCAUCAAAGAUAAUAUGUUAAUGAAGAAAGCAUGUCCACCAGUUCCAGUUAUACCUAAAGGACGAAUUCGUUCAGAUAUAAUUAAAAUUUAUCAUGAUACACUGGCGAAUGGUGCUCAUUUUGGUCGUGAUCGAACGAUUAAUAAAAUUCAACAACGAUAUUUUUGGCCAGGUAUCAUUUCUGACAUUCAUAAUUUUAUUAAAUCUUGUUUACUUUGUUCACAAAACAAUCCGCUACGACAAAAACCACCUGGUGCUUUCAAACAAAUAAAACCUCCAGAUGGCAUAUGGCAAUUACUUACAAUGGAUUUUCACGGACCGAUCACACCAACAACGAAGAAUGGAAAUAAAUACACUGCAUUAUCAAAUGAAAAACGAACGAACUGGGAUGAACAAUUACCAUUCGUUACAUUCAAUUACAACACCACUAUACAUCGCACAACUAAUCAAAUUCCAUUCGAAUUAAUAUAUGGUCGUAAACCAAUUUUACCAUUUGACCAACAGCAACCAUUAGUUACCUUAUCACAAGAUCCAGAACACAAGACCAAAUUAAAUCAACAUUUAUCCGUAUUAACCGAACAACCGAAAGCCACGAUUUUAGAACAACAACGCAAAUAUAGAGAACAUUAUGAUCGAUAUCGAACAAAUCCAAUUUAUAAAAUUAAUGAUAUUAUUCUUGUUAAAACAUUAAACAAGCGAAACAAAUUCGACAUCAUAUAUGAAGGACCUUUUAAGAUUACGCAACAACUGGGGAAAACAAAAUUUAUCGUAGAACAUAUUAAGAAGCAUACAUUAGUUCGACAAGUUACAAUAGAUGUCAUUAUUCCAUUAUGCGAACGAAAAAGAAUGGAUUAG